AUGGGGUGGUUCUGGGGAGGGAGGAGCAACCAAAAUGAUCCCGCAAAAGCCCUCGACGACGAUCUGAAGCAAUUCUUGAAAGAGCAACAACCCCGUCCAUAUGUCCCAGCCGAAGCUCCUGUCGAACCAUCAGAGCCCUCCGAAAAACUCGCUCCUAGCGUCAAGCCGUCAGAGCAGACUAUUUCAGAACCGGCACAACCUCCUGAGGACAGACCUUUGCCAAAAGAGUCGCUAUUUCAAGAUGGCCGAUACAAACACAUCUGGAAGACUUACAUUCCUCAGGACGAGAUCACCGCAGCUACCUCGACGCCUGUUGAGAGAGUACUCUCGGCAAGAAAAGACAGAAAUCAAUCCAUACACAAGGCUGCGCUGGAGAACUGCGCAUUCGAGGAGGAGAUGCAACAAAUCUGCUUCAAGGGCGGCAACGUGGCGGACAGAUUACGUGGAAGAAUGACCAUGUGCCAUGAGGAGACAAAGGCCUUCAACCGCUGCUAUACAUUGCAGGCCAAAUUCCUGCAAGCUUUGGGAUACAUGACGAGCGCGACCAGUUCUGCCGAGGACGAGGAAAAGAUCCAGAUGCACGCCGACAAGUUGUAUCACAGGAUGAUGGACUACGAGGCCGAGGUCGAUGAGGCAAAACGAAACAACCAGCCCAUUCCGCCUCUUUCGUCGCUGUUCAAUCCCACUCGACCUGCCCCAACACUGGAGCAAAUGGCCCUACCUAAAGCGAUGGAGGACAAGAUGAAAAAGCCCUUGCAUGAGUAUCCUCCUCAUGAGCGAGAGCUAGCGGCAAGAGCAGCUCUCCAAGAAGCGAAGUUGACGGACUUGUAUGCCGAAGAUCUUUUCAAGUACAGCGUGACGAUGAACGAGGACCGCAAAAAUCGACAAGUCUUUCUUACGAGAGUGUUUGGUGAAGUUAUUGGGAAAUUUCUGAUUCCUGAUCCGCCAAAAGACCCGAACAUCAAACCCUAUAGUCUACAACAAUUGGAGCGAGAUAUCUGGCGAGAAGAUGACUCACUGCAAGCGCAGAAGCAAGAAUCUACCGAGACGAGAAGCCGGGGCUGA